CACGCCGAAGGGUGGCACCGGGAGCAGCGGAGAACGGGGGCAGCAGGAAGAACCGCGGGCUUAGCGUGCGCCCCGGAGCGGGAGAGGCAGAUGCCUCCGGAGGAGAUGUUCGCAGCGGGGGAGGCGGGCCCCGUCCCCGGGCUGUGGCUGGGGUCUUCGCCGCUGCCGCCUCCUAUCCGCGUAGGGGCUGAGCCGGGCCGGGCCCGGCCCGCUGGCCCGGAGCCCGGGGAGGGAGGAGGCGACGGCUCCUCCCCGCUCCCUCCCUUCUCGCCCGGCAGCAGGGACGCGGGCCACUCGCAUGGGGCCGGGCGGUGCGGCGAGCCGGGCGCCCAGCGCACGCCGACGGAGCCGGAGACGAUGCUGGCGGCCGCGGCCCUGUGCGCCGCCGCGCUGGGGUGGGCCGCGGGGGCACGGCUGCUCAGCGCAGUGGACAUAUCCCUCAGAAGAGGACAGGCAGUUUGCCGCAGUGGAACACAGCAACCGUGCUACAAAAUAGUUUAUUUUCACGAUACUUCACGCAGGAUCAGCUAUGAAGAAGCGCACCUUGCCUGCAGAGCUGAUGGCGGACAUCUAGUCAGUAUUGAAACAGAAGCAGAGCAAAGACUGAUUGAAAAAUUUAUUGAGAGUCUCUUGGCUUCUGAUGGAGAUUUUUGGAUAGGGCUUAGGAGAAAAAAGGAGGAGGUAGACAAUAGUACAGAGUGUCAGAACCUCUACUCCUGGUCAGAUGGCAGCUCAUCCAAGUUCCGGAAUUGGUAUGUAGAUGAGCCAUCCUGUGGGAGUGAAAUCUGUGUUGUGAUGUACCACCAGCCAUCUGCCCCACCAGGUGUCGGAGGUCCUUACACAUUUCAAUGGAACGAUGACAGAUGCAACAUGAAAAAUAACUUCAUUUGCAAAUAUUCUCUUGAGAAGCCAACGAAUGCUCCAGUAGAGAAUUCUCAAAGAGAUGUUGCAACAGAGCCCUUGAACCCAGUAUUCCCAGAAGAACGCCACACGAAAGACGCUAAUGUAACAGCUGUAGAAGCCAAAGAACCUGUUCAGAGUCUUGCCUACAUCCUUAUUCCCAGCAUUCCCGUGCUGCUUCUCCUGAUGGUCGUUACAGCCAUCUUCUGGUUUUGGCUUUUUGCUAAGAGGAGACAGGAGCGAAUAGAUGCAAGUCCAAAGGAGGAAGAUGCAUGGCUGUCUAACCCCAGGAGGAGCAGUCCAAAUCUGGAUAUUUACAAAGUGAUCAAGAAGCAAUCAGAAGCAGAUCUGGCAGGAACCAGGCCUGAGACUAAGAAUUCUUCCUUCCGUACACAGGAAGAUAAAGCGCUUGACAGCCUCUCCAGGGAUUAUGAUGAUGCGGCAAUUAAUACAUCAACGAGUGGCUUUGUGACAUUGGCCAGUACUGAAAGUGGCUUUGUGACCAAUGAUAUCUAUGAGCUGUGUGGAGAUCGUGUGGGAAGGAGCAAGGAAUCAACCUGGGUGGAGAAUGAGAUUUAUGGAUAUUAAGGGAUGGCCUGGAAUGUGGAUGACAGAGUGAAUAGCAAUACAAGUUAACUUGCCCUCCCUAUGCACUUGUUUUAAUAAUAGUAUACGUGAUGUUCUUCCUGGUUUUGCGUUGCCCCUGUCUUCUCCUUUUUGAAAGAAUAUGGGUUUUUAAAGGUCCAAACUGAAAAGAAUGUAUGUAUUUUGCUUUGCGUCGAGCCCCCUUUUGCCCCAGGAAUGUCUCGUUACUACUCUUGAGUCUUUUUUGUACUCCAGACAUAGGCCUUUGAAACUAAAGGACAGCCCGAAAUCCCUCUUUAUUUAACUGACCUACUUAUCUUCAAAGGUGUUAAAAAGUCAAAAGUCAAUCACUGGUCACACUCGGAGUCUCACUGGUGUCCCCAGGAAAGCUGCCAUGGUCACAGGUUGGUUGUCGUUUCCUUGCCAGCCCGUAUCCCAGCUGUGCUGGCCUUCCUCACCUUCUGCCCGUGACACUGACAGACACUUCACGAGGGGAGUAGUGUGGUUUCUGCCUCUUUCCCUCCCUCCUAGUUCUUACUGCCAAGGCGGUGUACGUGAGUCACAGCACGUAACUGCGUGUUACUUAUGCCAUUAGGUCAGUUUUUAAAGAAUCCCAGUAAGGGCUUUGGUGUCAUGAGGCUAACUGUGUUCCCUCAGUUAUCCUCUGGCAAAAGGAAUUGCAAAGCAAGGAACAAGGGACUUUGCUGAAGGAAGGGAAUGGCCUACUCCAAAGCAUUCCAGUUGGUCCCAGGAAUUACAGCAGCCUGGUUAGCUGUCCAGAGAUGUGCUAAUUUGGCCUAAAUUACAAAUCGCAUACCAAUUCCAUUGUUGUAGAAGGAAUAUCCAGUUGCAGUUUUAUUCUAGAUCUUUUUUCUCCUUGGACUUGUGACAUGUACUGAAUUCCAUGAAGACUGACAUCCUGAUGUUAAUCUCCGUAGAGAUGGAAUUUAUGGCAAGGUAGGUGAACGUAAUUUCCUGUGCCAUUUAGUACAGAGAGCAUCACUGUAUUUGUUUGCUGAGAAGAAACACAGCAAAGAGGACUCGGGAGCAGUGCUGACAACCUGGGAUCGUGAUUAACUUGGUUUUUGCGAGGGCUUUCUGAUACACAUUUUUUUCAUGAGUCAGAUCAGAUCGAUGUUUGUCUCACAGUUACAAGGACUCAACAACCUUCAUAGGAGCUUGGAGCUAACUUCUAUGGCAAGGUCUCUGCGUGGUCACAUUUGUCAGUGCAGCUAAGUGUUACAGGAGUUUGGAUAAAGACUUCAUAUUGACUUGAAUACGCUCAGGGCAAAAUCCCAUGUGCUGCUGGAUAUGUGCUUGCUUUAGCUGAAUUCCGUUGUAAAAGUUCACAGGAAGUUGGAGGUACUUGCAAUUGCCAAAGCCUUUGGAAAGGAAUAGGAAGGGAAUCAGAUUUAUCAAAUAAGCACAUGGUCUGGGUCCGUAAAGGACUACGUUCUGUACAAUGUUUGAUGUUAAUACUGAGAUCUGCAAAAUUGAAAAUACAUUUACAAAGACAAGAUUUCCCCCCAGUGAAAUGAACAGGCACAAUCCAUUCCUGUGCUCCCCAGCUGCUUCAGGCUAUAGAUGGGCGACACAGCAGUUGUGCACUUUCUGCUUUUGAAAGGUGUUUGUCCUUACCUGAACACACUGGUGCUAAAUGGACAUGCGGAUUCUGGAGCACAAGUUCUGCAGCAAGUCGUAGAUUCUAAAGGCAAAGUCAGUGGCUAUGAAAUACUGAUAGCAGCAGUGUGGCCUCUGGAAUUUUUUCAGUACAGAGCUAGUCUGGGUUUCUUAUGUGAAUUGAUUCCAGCUGUUAAUACUGAAGUCAUGAAUAUGCUUAGAGGUUUGCAUUCAGAGCUCUACAGUUUCUUGCUAGGGAUCUUUGCAUGUUCGUAGCUGUGUAUGUGUAGAAAACACUGCGAAUUAGGCCAUUAAAAUUUAUCUGUCCUGUCUGAUCUGAUAUCUCAGCUGUUUCAUACAUUGGUUUAUAUAUUCUCAAGGCAAAUAUGUUCAGCUUUGAGUAAACCAGCAUAUUUUCCUUUGUCUGCACUUAACUCUGUUUUCAAUUAUUCCAGCAAUGGAGCUGUUCCUUAAAACUGGAGUUUUGUUUGAUUGUCUCCCAUUGAACUGAGAAAGCAGUGGGUGUGCCGCAUAGGGAACCAAGUAUGCUGAACAUGGGGAAGCCGCAUAUCUGCGCUGAAGAAAAGAAAGCACUUGGGACAUUACCACAUAUGUGGGGCCAUUUGAUUCAGCUCUGUACUCUGUCUCAGUCUGAUCUUAACUACUGAGUGUCUCGGUCCCAUGUGACAAACAGAAAUAACAGCAUUUCACAGGCUUCCAGGGAUGCCUGGAAUCUAAAAAUGAGUGACUCUGAAGUGAUUUUGAGACUACAAUAAUGAGGCCUUGUAAUUGACAAAAUUUUAAUUUUCUUGUCCAGCAGAUCUAUGCAGCAUCUUUGAAGCAUGUCUAUACUAAGUCAUUAUGUAUAAAAAUUUAUUUGAUUAAAGAUACAGUUUGGUCAAGCA